GCUUCUGCUUCACAUUAUUCUUUGCAAUUUCAUCAUGAAGACGUCUCUUGGCCUCUUCAAUGCUCCAGUUCUCUGUCUCCUCUGGCUAACAAAGCAUAAUGUGGACUCAGUCCAGCUGUCGGCUCCAAAGGUGGUGACAGGAGCAUUAGGAGGAUCUGUGACGAUCCCUUGUCAGUAUGACCGUCACUACAGAGACAACUCAAAGUACUGGUGCAAAGGACUGAUAUAUGAGCUGUGUGAAAUAAUUGUGAGAACACCCAAUAGGCAGCGAAACGACCGAAGCUCCAUUGUAGAUGAUAAGGACGCAGGAGUCUUCACUGUCAUUAUGACUUCUCUCUUAGAGAGUGAUAACGAUAAGUACUGGUGUGUCAUCUCCAGAUCUGGAAGGAACAUCUUCUCUGGUGUCAAGCUCUCCGUCUCCCACACAGCAGCAACCACCACCACAACAACAACCACCACUAUUCUGGAACAAAAUGAAAUAAGUUAAGGGUCACAGGGGUGCUGGAGCCGAUCUCAGCUGUCAAUGGGCGAAGGCAGGGUACACCGAGGACAGGUCGCCAGUCUGUCGCAGGGCAGACAUAUAUAAAACUCAUCUAUUCAAAUCUGCUUUUAACCUGUGAUACUGGCUCAAAGUAUAU